AUAUAUUCAAGGUUCAUGAAUUUAUUGCAACGAGAGAGAGAGAGAGAGAACAUCCGCGCAUGCGCGUCGCGCGCAGUUUCCCGUGCCUCGAUUUCCGGUCGAAUUGCGUUUCCCUUUUCUCGCUAUACGUUCAAGAUGGUUAACGUACCGAAGCAAAGGCGUACUUUUUGCAAAAAAUGCAAAGUACACAAGACUCACAAAGUUACGCAGUACAAGAAAAGUAAGGAGAGACAUGCCUCGCAGGGCAGAAGACGUUACGAUCGCAAACAGCAAGGUUUCGGCGGCCAAACUAAGCCUAUUUUCAGAAAAAAGGCAAAAACGACCAAGAAAAUUGUACUGAGGAUGGAAUGUACGGAAUGCAAGUACAGAAAACAAAUUCCACUGAAGAGAUGCAAGCACUUUGAACUGGGUGGUGACAAGAAGAGGAAGGGUCAAAUGAUUCAGUUCUAAAUUAUCCACUCAACGUUUUCAGCUUAUUCUGUAUUUGAUAAGAAAUAAAUAAAUCUACAGGAAUUUGUAUACA